AUGGUGGCAAAUGUCCUUCCCUGGCGGCAGAAGGAGAAGGGAGCUGCUGGUGACCGGCUCUGCGACGCCGGCGUGCGCCGAGCGCGGGGACAAGGAACGUGGGAACUCGGCGCAAGCCGGGCCGUUUGGCAGGGUUCGCUGGCCGCCUCCCCGCGCCCCCGGCCAGCCGGCGCUGCCGCCCCAGCAAGGCUCCCUGCCCGCUCCCCCUGCGCCUCCUGGGCAGGGCUGGCCGCGAAGGGCCACGUGCCACUGCAGCGGCAGCAGCGGUUAGAGCCAUUGGUGGCACUGGCAGCCACCCUCAGGAGAUGUCCUCACCACCUCCUCCCUCUCCAGGUCUCUGCCUCAUCCGACCCCCGUUCGGCAGGGGACGAGGAGCUGCCACCAUCAAGCAAGGCACGGGGGCUGAGGCGGAGCGGGCAGGCUGGCCCGCGGCGGCACAGGCGCCGUGGGGUGGCUCAGCAAGCUGCCAGGAGCCCGGGAGUGCCCCAGCCCAGCAGUGCUGGCCGGGAGGAAAGCCUGCCCUUCGUGCUGGACCUGCAGAGCUUGCCGGGGCUGGCCAACGUGGACCUGAGCGCCCAGAACCCCAACAUCCAGGUGACCAUCGAAGUUGUGGAUGAUCCUCAGGCCGAGAUGGAGAUGGACUUGUUGAAGGAGACAAGCAAUGACUGGUCCCUGACGUCCUCUGAGUGGUUGUCCCACAAGGACCUCUUCUGGCCCCUCUUUUGGGAAUACACUGACCCUGCUGAGGAGGAGGAGGAAGAGGAGGAGGAGGAGGAGGAAGAGGAGGAGGAGGAGGAGGAUGACAACCUGGAUGUAGGGGACAGGGAGGAGGAAGAGGAAGAGGAGGAGGAAGAUUACACAGCAGAGUAUGAGGAGGAGGAGUCCAUGCUCAGUGGAGUGGGAGGUGACUGGGACCAGCGGUGGUCCGGGCAGAAGAACUGGAUCUUUAAGGAAAAAUAUAAUUACGACUAUGAAGAUGAGGAGGAGUGGAGCCCGUGGUCCCCUUGCAGCAUCACCUGUGGCAGUGGCAACCAGAAGAGGACCCGGUCCUGUGGCUACGCCUGCACAGCAACAGAGUCGAGGACCUGUGACCUGCCACGCUGCCCUGGAGCAGAGGGGGAAAUGGUCUUCCCCACAGAGGAGACGCCUUUCAAAAGCGACAACACCACAGAGCUGUUCAACUCAGAGGUGGACAGCUGUGAGAAGUGGCUGAACUGCAAAAGCGACUUCCUCACCAAGUACCUGAGCAAGGUGCUGACGGAUCUGCCCAGCUGCCCCUGCUCCUACCCGCUGGAGGCCGUCUACAGUGCCGUCAACCUGCAGGAUGAGCGGCAGGGCAAGAGCUUCCGAUGGCGGGACGCCAGUGGCCCCAAGGAGCGCCUGGACAUCUACAAGCCGACGGCGCGCUUCUGCCUGCGUUCCAUGCUCUCCCUCGACAGCACCACCCUGGCUGCCCAGCACUGCUGCUACGAUGAGCACACCCGCCUCAUCACCCGCGGCAAGGGGGCUGGUGUCCCCAACCUCAUCAGCACUGAGUUCUCCCCAGAGCUGCACUACAAGGUGGACAUGCUGCCCUGGAUCCUCUGCAAGGGAGACUGGAGCCGCUACCACGCCGUCCGGCCCCCCAACAACGGGCGACGGUGUGCUGACAACCCCGCCGAGGAGGAGUACCUCUCCCAGCUGCAGGAGGCCAAGGAGUACUAG